AUGCCGUUGUCAUUGCUGCCGAGUCGGACGUCGCUGUCUUCGUGGUCGAGCGGAGCGGUUCUGGCGGGAGAAGCGUACCAGAUGCCCGAGGGCGCUUGCGGGGGCAUUCGCGUCAAACUGUAUUUGGCGGCCGGCUUGUUGGAGCCAGUCACUGGCUGCGGCGAGGCCGACACCGUCGCCCUGAUGCAGAGGCGGGUGUACGACGUGGGCGGCACGAGCGGCGAGCGCGGCCAGCGUGGCCCGGUCGAUGCGGGCGGGCAGAUGGGCAAGGGAGGGGGCGGCAAGGGCAAAGGAGAUGGCUGCGGCAAGGCUGGCGGCAAGGCGCCCGUGGCCCCUGCGCUGGACCUCCUCAACGGCUACUGCGAGCAGAAGAAGAUCAGGCCCACCUUCGAUUGGAGCGAGACGGUCAUAUGGCACGACAGGGAGAAGGGCAGGCAGGAGCCGGGCUGGCUCUGCAUCCUCUACCUGCCGGGCAUCGGAGAGGCCCGGGGCGAGGGCUCCAGCAAGAAGGCCGCCAAGUCCGCAGCCGCGAAGGACUGCGUGGACAGGAUGCAGGCGAUGGGCAUUCGCCUCACCAAGUCCUCGGAUCUUAAAGCCGGUAGCGCUGGGCCCGCCUGGGCAAUUGCGGGCUCGGCAUCGCUGCUGAUGGGCGGCGGUGUGGGCGGUGCGAGGCUUCCUUCAGGCAAUGUCACCGGGGUCUUACAGGGCAUGCCCAUCGAGGAGGCAUACGACUUUCAGCCACAGGCCAGCCGAAUGAUCGCGUUGUUGCGCAGAGGCCAGGCUGACGAGGCCCUCGCCGUCGCACAGGCCGUUCAGAUUCCCAAGGUGAUGAAGAUGAAACACCUCGCAGACUGCCUAACAUCCAUCGGGGUCCGCACCAAGGACGCGGCUGCGCAGCGCUUCAUGCGAGGCAUCCUGGAGUGCGGCGUCGUCAAUUUUCCCAAUGCGGCCUCUGCCUCGUACUUCUGCCGCUUCGGCACGUGGGCGAUGCGGGAGUUCAUCGCGGAGGCCGUCAGCUGUGCGGAGCAGGCUCGGUCGGUCGUCCCACAGACCUUGGAGCGCAACGGCACGUGCAUCCGAGAGAUGACCAUCAGCGGACCCGACAAGGGCAUGGCCCCGAAUGAGCUGAAGCUGGUGCCCUCCAGCGGCGAGCUGCCCCGCGGGUCGAGCUUCUUCAAGGGCGACUGGAUCCUGGUCACGACGCCGCACACCAACCAGGUGCGAGUGGACGAGGAGAACGGCCGCAGCGCAAGCUACGAGGCCGAAGCCCAGCAGGUCGACCGGGCGGCAAACCACGUGACCUAUGUCCGCCAGAUCACCGCGCUGCACAAGCUCACCAACGACCCUGGCGGUCUCGACUGGCUGAGCCUCGUGCUGAUGGCCGCCGAGGAGGAGGACGGAUUCCACAAGGUGGCGGACCUCUGCGCGUGCCCGCCCCCGACGGGGAGGUGCCCGCCCGUCGCUUCCGUGCUCGCCAAGGCCAACGAGUCCCAGUGCAAGGCCCUGGAGGCCGCGCUCUCGCGGCGGCUGACGCUGGUGCAGGGCCCCCCCGGGGCGGGCAAGACGAGCACGGCGGUGCUCCUCAUGCAGCUCUGGACGUUUGCGGGGCGCAAGCCCAUCCUCGCCACCGCGGACAGCAACAUCGCUGUGGACAAUCUGUGCGGCGGGUGCGUUACCGCGGGCCUCAACGUCGUGCGCGUGGGCCGCAAGGAGUCCGGAAAUCCAGAUUUGGAGCAGUACACGCUAUUCGAGAAAGCCAGAGCAUCUGGGAAGCCAGGCGGCGACCGGAACAAGUGGAAGGCGGAGAAGGAGAUAUUGGAAAACGCAGACGUGGUGUGCUGUACAUGCAGCGGCGCUGAACACCCAGCAAUGCAGGGCACGAUGUACGCCAACCUCCUGCUGGACGAGGCUGGGCAGACCACGGAGCUGGGGUGCAUGAUCCCCAUGCUGCAUUUGAAUGAUCGCGGCUCCGUGGUGCUCGUCGGGGACCACAAGCAGUUGCCUGCGACGGUGGCGUGCCUGGAGGCAGACGUGGAGGGUCUGGGAACCUCCCUCUUCGAGCGCCUGACCUCCUUCGGUGUCGUUCCACAACUGCUAGACAUCCUGACGGUACCGCAUGCACCCUGCCAUCGCGGCCUUCCCUUCGCAGCAGUUCUACCAGGGCAGGCUGCGGUCGGGCACCCCAGGCUCGGCUCGCCGGGCGGUGACGGGCAUCUCCUGGCCAGUGAUGGCGUGCCCCGUGGCGUUCCUGCCGGUCACUGGCCACGAGCGUAA